AUCACGGCCUACUUUCCAGGAUCAACAUGGCGGAUGUGUGUAACUAGAUCGCCUGGGAGUAUUUUGGAUUUCUAAAUCCUUCUCGGGAUUUGGGGUUGUAGGGUAAAUUAAGAGGAAAAAUAAGAUACAUGUAGGAAUCAUGGCAGAAGAAGUGGUGGUAGUAGCCAAAUAUGAUUAUAAAGCAGAGAAUACACAGGAACUAAAUAUCAAGAAAAAUGAACGAUUGAUAUUAUUAGAUGACAGUAAAGAUUGGUGGAAAGUACAAAAUGCUGACAAUAAAUCUGGAUUUGUACCCUCAAAUUAUGUGAAACGUGGUAAAAAGGGCGGCUUAUUGACUAGUUUAAAGUCAAUAGGUCGCAGCAAAAAAGAUCAAAAAGGUGGGAUUGGGACGCCACCCGCCUUGCGUAAUGGGGAUUCGCGUAGAAAUCAACCUCAUAAUGAAUCUCCAUUAAACAAUCCGACUGCUCAAGUGGUCUUUGAGCCUGCAAUAGUUAAAUAUAUGUACACAGCCCAGCGUAAUGACGAAAUGUCCUUAAUUAAAGGUGAACGCUUGGUAGUGACAGAAAAAUCUAGUGAUGGGUGGUGGAAGGGUCAAAAAGAUGAUGGGACUCUUGGAUGGUUUCCCUCAAAUUAUGUAGAUCUUAAUUCAAAUGGUAACGAGGAGGCUGAUAAUGUGUUAUAUUGGACAGCUGCGGCCGCCGAAUCUCUCAGUCAAGAAUCCAGUGAAAUCGUAGUGACUUUAUAUCCAUUCAAAUCUUCAAAUAAAGAAGAACUUGGCUUUGAAAAAGGUGAACGUUUAGAGAUUGUUGAAAAACCUGUGGAAGAUCCAGAGUGGUGGCGUGCUCGAAACAGUCGCGGGGAAAUGGGUCUGGUUCCCCGUAGUUAUGUUCAAAUUCUGGAAGACGUUAAUAACGGGGAAAGGGCAACAAGUGUUACGAGUUCUUGCACACCUCAGUCUGAAUCAACAAGUAGUUUGUCAAACGCUUCUUCUCUAGGUCAAGGAGGACGUAAACAGUUUCAUAUAUCUGGUCCCAUGUCCGAUAAGGAUUGGUAUUAUGGUAAAAUAACCCGACAGCAGUGUGAAGAUUUAUUAUCAAAGCACGCUGAAAAUGGUGACUUUUUAAUUAGAGACAGUGAAUCUACUAGUGGUCAUUUCACUGUUGUGUUGAAAGCUCCAAAUAGAAACAAACAUUUUCGUGUGCAAAUAAAUGAAGACGGCAAAUAUGAGAUUGGUCCACAGAAAUUUGAGGAUUUAGAAUGUUUAAUAGAACAUUAUAAACGACACCCUAUUUAUAAACAAGAAAAUGAAAAACUCUACCUUAUCAAACCUUUUACUCUGCCACCAGAUUUUUGACAGGGGGUCAGUGUUUUUACAUGUAUAACAUAGGAUACAAUCAUCCUAGUAAAAACCUUUUAUUAAACAAGAAUGGUCAACAAGUUACGAGCUAUUGUCACAAAUUAUUUUAUACUUAAUCAAGUUGUUUACACUUGAGCUAUGGGUAUUUUCAAUGAAAUCAUGAUUUGUACAUAAUCGACUACAAGGACAUGCAUUUAAUUGUUUGUAUGCAUGUUUUGUACUGCAGGGUACAAUAUUGAAUAUUGCAAUACAAACAUAAUGUAUGAUAACUUCAACAAGAAGCUCUAUGUAUCUGUUACCAAGAUGCCUUGAACAAAUUCAACCAAAUCAUUGAUUUGGGGAGAUGAAAUUCAUGUAGAAGAAUUGGAUACAUGAACAAUGAUGAUGAUGACUAAUUUAUUAAACAAAUAUUAGGUGCACUUGUUAAGAUUUACUUUAACUUAAUUACUUACAGUGAAAAAUUUUUAAAGUGUGUUUAAUGUCGAUGGAUUUAUAUAUGCCAACAUUGAAAUUUGGUCGUAUAAUGUCGUUACCCCGUCUGUCCAACCCUGUGGGUUUUCUCAGGGUCCUCCGGUUUCCUCCCCUGCUAAGCAAAUUAUUGAAAUAAAAUUGAACCAUGUGUUAGUCCCAAAAUGAUCUAGUUUGUGUUGAGAGGACAUUUACAGGCAAGUUCACCAGCCAGUCAGUUUGAAGGUUUGUCAGUAAAGACUGGUAAAUAUGACUGAAAUGAGAGCCCAGCUGUAGAGGCUAAAGUUGACUUGAACUUUAAACACAAUAUUUAAAUUUAUGAGACAAACAAGCCAAUUGAUUACUCCAGAUCUAUUGCUCUUAACAAUGUUUUCCAAUAAUUAGUCUGGCUUGGCUCCCUAACUUAGGCGAGAUUUUUCAGUGUGUUUUCACCUUGUAACUGUCUAGUUGUUCGCUUGGCACGAAAAACUGAGGUCCCAUUGUGGUGCACGUAGAAGAACCCUUUACAGUUGGAAUUCAAGGAUGAAUAUUGCUGAUAUUCAGCUGUCCGGGCAAGAAGGAACAGACACAGUUCUCAUAUAGGGUUGUACAUGUAUAUUAAAUGUUGGCACUAGGAAGGACUAGAAACCAAUCAGAUUUUAAUUAUUUCAUGGGUGGUUGCUCCCAAUCAGUUUUUAGUAUCUUGUAAAUGUUCCAAUUACCUACAAAAUAAUAAAUGUGUGACAAAAGUGGAUUUAGCUGCUGUGAGCGUAUGUUUUAAUGCCUGGCAGCCUAUGUUUUGUACAUUUAAAAUCAAGUCUGUUUUAAACUAUUGGACAUGGAAUACUUUAUUGCAGAGUUAUUGAUUGUCAAUAACUAUACAUGUAGUAUACCACCUGGAACACUCCAGGAAUAUAACUUAAUUAUUUGUAAUAAUUAUCAUCAGAAAAGUAUGAAAGAUACAUUUAUAUAGGUAUUGUAUCAACCAAUUGAGUAGACCUCAAACACAGUAUGCAGUAGGUGUAAAUGUUUUAAAUGUACUUAAUAAAAUAAGUAGAUAUAAAUAAAUUGAUUAUUCACAGUAUAGCAACAAAGUUUCUUUAAUGCACUUGUAUAUGUACAUGUUGGUGUUUAAGAAACUGAACAAGCUUUGGUAUGUACUGGUUUAGCCAUAGUUUUAAAAAUUUAUAUCAAAAAAUAAAUAAAUUUAUACUGGAUGUACAUUCUGUCAAUUGUUAAAUUUAAUUUCCAUUAUAAAUGUACCUCAAGAACCCUCACAUAUAUAUAUUGAUCUGGUCUGAUCUGCCUAUAUUAGUUCUGCCACAAAUAACAUUGUGUUUUUGUCCUAACAUCUAUAAAACUUGAAAGCCAAUAAAAGACAUUUGGAUAAUUUAGAUAAUUGAUCAGUGGUACUGCUGGCAGAAAUUUUUCUCAAAUUAUUUCUAAAAUGUGACCAGUUAAAUGAUAGGGUAGAUUAUCAUUAUAUUUUGAUCCAUUUAUUUUGGAAAAUCUAUAUUAUAAUAAUAAGACAAUACUAUUUAUUACAAGUAUGUUAUUAUUAUUAUAAGAUCAGAAAAAGAAUUGACAAAACAUAUAUACUGUAUACUACAAUAUUGACAAGAUAUAUGUAUAUUUCUUCAAUUAGCCAAGUUCACUCGGACUAUCUGCUUUUAUGUUGGCCAGUUUCCAAGCUGACUGACUCACUGUUUGUAGAGGGAGAAAAUAGGUUGAGACAUUAUUAUAAUCAAAUGUGUGUAUUACUUCUUAUGAGGAUGGUUUCUAAUACUAUACUGCUAGUCUAACUGAAAAUAAGAUGGUAUCUGUUGUAAUAAAUUAAUAUGCUCUCUCUGUUUCUUAAAAUACAUUGGGAAGUAACUGAUCUUAAUGAAAAAAGUUUACCAGUAUACUUUCAGGAUAUUGUUUUGUGUCAAUUAUUAGUUGAAGGAAUGUAAGUCAGCAUCACUUACUUUUAUUAUUUUUUUACAAAAAUAAAUGUUUCUUGAUGAGUUGAAAUCACUUACUUAUGAUGAUGGUGCUAGAUUUAAUAUGGUUGUUGACAAUGGUAAUUUGGUAGGAUUUUCACUAUUACUUAAUCUGUAUUGCACUACAGUGCAACAUACAUGUACUACAUCUAAACUUAUUUAUUACUUCUGUCAACUCUUAAUGUGACUAACAGUUUUAUAAAUGUCUAUGUGAAUUUUAUAAUUUUAUAAAGGAAAACCCACUUUACGAAAAUGCUGAUGUAUGUCACAGGAUAUUUUUCAUAUUAAAAACAAAAAUUUAUGGUCAAACUAACUGUAAUUUGGUUGGACUGGAGAAAGUAGAUGGAUAUGAAAUGAUGUAUUAAUGUAUGUACAUGUACAUUGUAUUAUGUUAUAAUUUAUUACAUACAAAUAUCAACAUAUUAUGUAAACAUAACUAGAGAAUCAUAAAUAUACCUAUAUCUAUCAACUUGUCAUUUGCUCAUAUUGAUUGAAGCUAUGCAUAUUCAUUAUUUUCAUACCUAAUUCUUAUCUAUUGAAUGAAAUAAGUGUCAGCAUUAUAUAGACAAUUAUAUUAACUUUCAAUAGAACAUGAAGGAUAAUAAUGAUUCAAUUUUUAUAGGCAUUUUUAUAUAUUAUUAAUGCAAUAGUUUGGGAUAAUUUAUUUGAAAACUUAGAUAAGAUAUAUUCGGAUAAUUUGUUUGAAAACAUACAUAUUUUAUCAGUGAUCUUUAUGCUAUUCUGCAAUAAGCCAGCUGUGAGCAUAGGUGGAAAUUUAAUAAAAACCAAAAAAAAAGAAAGUGUAAUAUUCAGUGAAAAAUUUGAUAUAUUCAACUGGCAUUUUGGUCCAUUAUUUGAUCAUCAAAGCAGAGUUGUAUAUUAAUUAAUGACUCGGUUAAAGUGAAAUCGGGUUAAUUUGUGUAAUUAAUGAUGCUCAUAUGAUGUGUACCGUAGAUGUAUUAUAAUAUAUAUAAGCUGCAGAUAGCUUUGAUUUGUGUGAACUUUGCUCCAAGUCUUAGGACUCUUUACAUGCUUUUCUAUAUUAUAUGCAAUUAAUGAGACAUAGUCAAUGUAGGUUCUGUUAAUUGAAUGAAUAUGGUAAUGUACAUUACAUUGUUUUCUUCUCAUUAUCAUAGACAGAUGUAAAUUUAUUGGAAACAUUUAUGUUCAGAUUAAUAUCAAUGGCAAUAUACAUAAUACCUGUAUGUUAAUGCUAAUUAUUUUGAAUUAGGACCUAUUAGAACCUGGUAUUAAAUAUUAUGUUAAUUGUAUCAUACCCAAUGCAUGCAAUCAUAUUUAUUUCAAAAUAUGUUAAUUUUGUGAUUUUUGAAGAAAAACUGUAUUUAAAAAUACUUUACUUUAAAUCAUACAAUGUGA